CCUUGAUUUGAUUGAAGAGGAAGGUGGUGACAUGUUAGAACCAGUUUAUGAUGUUUAUUGUGAUGAAAUUGAAGAAGUGGACUUUCUUUCAAUUCAGGAAGAAUCUUUAAUGAUUCAAGGAAUGAUGGCAACAACUAAGGAACAAGGACAAGAUUGGAGGGGUCUUUCUUUAAGGGAAGAUGAUCAACAAAAAAAAAUCUCUAGCUGAGAGCAAUGCUGGGAAAUUUGAAGCUAAAAGUCAAGAGGCAGGAAUCUUACACGCUGUUCUAAAUAAGCUGUCGGGUGAAGAACAAAAAGGAGAAAACUCUAUGCAACCUAAUGAAAAUCUGCAGCUCUUAGAAGAUAUUAAAGGGUCAGAAAAUAAGGAACUACCAGAAGGGAUGCUUCCAAUGUUGAAUUUUCAACAGUCCUUUGAUUUUAUUCCAGCAGCAAGUUUAACUAGUCUGCCUACCUACAAGAUUGAAUUAUACACAAAAUGGCAGACUUCUUUCCUUGUUCUAAAACCUUAGAUGCCACACAAGUUGAUGAUUUAUUUCUGGAAGAGUUUAAGGGACAUUCUUGGAGAACUUCAUGGAAGAAAACUGCUCUGGGUAAAUAUGCUAAAUACAAGACCUUCGAUUUGAACCUAGCACAAUUUCCAACCCGGGGAGAAUGAUGUAGGAGCAUAGAGCUCUUUUUAAUGAUUAGUUUUAGGGCUGUUUGUUUUGCAUUAAGUUUGAGUUUUAUUGGAAAUCUAAGUUUUAAUUUUAGG